AUGGAGGUCUUUAUGACAAACCUGCCCGCGCAGGGCAACUUUGGAGAUCGCGUGCUCCGCGAACAGCUCAAGCCUUUUAUGAAAAAUCUGGCCAUUGCCGAGAAAUCAUUUAACUGCGAAAAGCCACUGAACCGGAAGCACGGCACUAUAACCUUCCUCAACGAGUCCGACGGCCGCAAGUUCCUUCAGUUCUACGGCGAGUCCAAGCUGCCCCACGGCCGCACCGCCUCGCGCUUGAAAAUCCUCGGUGCCAAGGUCUUGUGUCGGCUGAGCCAGCGCCAGCCAAACACCUUCACCCUGAAGCACCUUAGGGCUGAGGUAGACAAGCCUAACCGCCCUCCAGAGGAGCGGCGUGGCGGCUAUGCGGACUUUCUCCCCUCAUUUAAGCUUCAUUCUCUCCAGUGCGGAUACUACCGCUACAACCAGGGCCGCCUUGAGUACGUCCCUGAGAUGAAAGAGGUUGGAGAGGGAGCGGUGACGUUCGGCAAGCGGUAUCUGACCGUCGACAUUUUCCGCGAUUCUGAGUUUGUCAACGAGUCCAACCUGCUGUACAUUCCUCUCGGAACCAUCUACGAGAUCGUAUGGUCAGCGAACGGUGAACUGACCCUCACCCUCCAGUCCGCGCCGUUCAUCUUCGUCGAUACCGAGUUUAUGCAGCAAAGUGGAAGGGUCCGCCAGACACAGCUGAGCCCCAAGCAUGCUGAGGUCGGGGGCACCUGUCUAAUCUACCGCAUCAACGUCGACCCCGUGCAGCUGCAACGCAAAAUGGAUUACCUUAACACUAUGCUCACCGUCACGCGCUACGAUGUUAGCAAUCGCCUGGCGCCGCCCAUCGCAGACAGCCUGAAGAAGCUCCACGCCAAGCUCGCUUCCAUGUUGACGUCCUCGAAGCUGCCCUUUUCCAUUCUUUUUCAGCUACAAGCACUGGCUUGGAACGCCUUCCUUUACCCUGACACCGUCGCUGACCUGGCCUCAGAGCUCGUUGUGCUCCAGAAAACAGCACCUGUGUCUGUCGACGCCAUGAAGAUGCUAUUUACCGAUAUCGGCUGGCCUACCCCCAACGACGCGGACCCCAGCCAAUUCGAGGUUCCCGCGCUGGUCGCUCACCUCCUCAAGAAGGAGAGAGAGAUCCGAAGCGGUUACGCCAUUCGUGAGGGUCUUUUGAGCCCAAGUGAGAAUUUGGCGCCCAUCUGCCGCGUAUCGGUCACGCCCACCCGAAUUCUGCUGUACGGCCCCGAGUUUGAGAAGAAGAACCGAGUGCUGCGCAAAUUUCCCAAUCAACACGAUUGCUUCAUCCGUGUACAGUUCUGCGACGAGAAUGGGGACAGUCUACGCCUCCUCGGAAGGCGUACCAGCUAUGAGAAAGUGUACAAGCGCUUUAUCGACAUCAUGAAAAACGGCAUACAGAUUGUGGGCCGCACAUACAAGUUCCUCGGCUGGUCGCACUCUUCCCUUCGCGCGCAUAGCAUGUGGUUUACGGCGCCAUUUAUUGACGACACUGGCCGCCUGCAGACGCACCUAACCAUCAUCUCGACUCUGGGCGACUUCGCCGGCAUCCGCUCACCGGCCAAAUGUGCCGCUCGCAUUGGUCAAGCCUUUUCGGAAACCCCCUAUGCGGUGCCGCUGAGCGAGCACAAAAUCAGUGUGAUGUUGGUAGAUGACGUCAAGUCAAAGGAUGGAAAGCACGUUUUCAGCGACGGCGUCGGGACCAUCUCGCUGGACGCGGCCGCCGCUGUCUGGAAGUACGUGCCCAAGUCCAAGAGAAACCCGACCUGCUUCCAGGUACGGUACGCAGGAGCAAAGGGCAUGCUCUCUCUGGACACGCGCCUUCAGGGCUCGCAGAUCCUGUUGCGGCCGUCCAUGAUCAAGUUCGAGAGUAAUGAGACGGAAAACCUGGAGAUAUGCGACGUGGCUAAGGCCAUGCCACUGUAUCUCAACAGGCAGAUGAUUAAGAUUCUCGAAGACAUGAGUGUGCCGCGCAAGUGGUUCCUGCGGCUGCAGAACGACGCGUUGCAGCAGCUGCGGUUGAUUGCUUCCAGCGCCUACAACAUGGCCUACUUUCUCAAGCACCAGUCUGUCGGCACGUCGAUCAAGCUGCAUAAGUUACUGCUGUUGACUGACAAGCUGGGCUUGGACUACCGCACAGAGCCGUUUCUGCGGCGUGCCGCCGAAGCGGUGGUCUUGCGCGAGCUACGGCUGUUGAAGCACAAGGCACGCAUUCCCGUUCCGUUUGGCAUCACGCUUUUUGGCGUCAUGGACGAGACGGAAUUCCUGGCAAAGGGCCAGGUGUACGUGACAUUCGAGACGAAGCAGGGCUUAAAACCACAGCGGUUCGAACAACCGCCCGGACACGCGGUGUACUUGCUGGUGACGAGAUCGCCCGCACUACACCCCGGCGACAUCCAGUGGGCUUGCAACAUGAUCCCGCCAGAGGGGCAUCCUCUGCGCGAAUUGUCGAACUGCGUUGUCUUCAGUGCCAAGGGUGCGCGUGAUCUGCCUAGCCAGCUGAGCGGCGGAGAUCUGGAUGGCGACAUCUUCAAUUUGAUCUGGGAUCGAGAGGUGUGUCGGCCGGUCGAGCUAAAGACAUAUCGCGCCGCCGAGUAUGCGCGGGUUCCGCCGCAGAACAUCUGGCGAGAGGUGCAGACAGAAGACAUUGCCCAGUUCUUUAUUGAUUUCAUGAAGACGGAUCAUCUGGGCACCAUUGCGACGCGCCACAUGAUUCUGGCCGACCAGAAGGAGAUGGGGACGCUCGACAGCGACUGUAUCGCGAUGGCGGAGCUGCACUCGACAGCGGUGGACUUUUCGAAGACGGGCAUCCCGGCAGAUCUCAAUGAGCUCCGGCGUGCAUCCCCGUUCCGGCCGGAUUUCCUGGCCCCAGGGUCGUUGGUCUAUGUGCACAACAAGGCAGACAUCGAGUUGGAAAAGUACGUUGCGAAUAACGAGCGCGAUGUGCACGCCGAAGCGCUGGAUGGUCCGGCACACAAGUACUACAGGUCAGAAAAGGUUCUGGGAGUGCUCUACCGUGCGGUGGAUGAGCGCAAGAUCUGGUACACGGACAUCCACAAAGGCGAGUCAGAAACGACAACGACAGACGGAACGGGUGCAGGCACGGUGUUGGACAAGCUGCGAGAGUGGGCACGGAAGCAGUGCGCAGAGCUGGGCUGUGACAGCUGGCAUGAACGGCAAGAAGAGGCGGCUGGAAUUCGGUCGGCGUACGAGGACUCGAUCCGGUCGAUGAUGCAUAGCAACUCGGAGAAUCCGAUGCAGCCCAUCUCGGAGCUGGAGGUGUUUACCGGUGCACUGAUCAGCAAGACGGGAGCGCAGAACAAUCGACAGCGGGACCGAUCGCGCAAGCUGCGAGAGGAGUUUGAGCGGAUCUCGAGCUGGAUCACGGGCCAGAUGCGGCCGCGGGAACGGCAGCAGGCAGCAGACGGUCGCGACAUGCUGGAAUGGAUGGAGCUGUGUCUGGCAUGCGCUCACAGCCGCGAGGUGCGGGACGAGGAUGAGCGGUGGGGGAACACGCGCAGUGAUGCGAUCCAGUCGUUUCCUCUGGUGGCGAUGGCGGCAUUGCUGAGGGAGAUCGAUUAUAGGUUAUCCCCAUCGGGGACCCACAGCAGUGUUCUCGAACACGCCGGCCUGCUUCGGGCCAGAUCCUCCAGUGGCGGCAUGCGUGACGAGACAAAUCAUGCCGUAAAGCCAUUGUCGGUGGGCGAUGGUGUCAUGCCAGCGGUCUGCACUGUCGUUAUCACCACCGGCUCUUCUGUCCUGACGGAUCUCUGA